AUGCCGAAGACCGACAAGGUCGCCGAUAGGGCCGUCGACGAUGCCUGCCCUCCAGAUGCCUCCAGGGAAGAUCAGGACACAAAGAAGAUCCGUGUCAAGCGGGUGGGGAACUAUAUAAUUGGCAAGACGAUAGGCGAAGGGUCAUUCUCAAAGGUGCGUCUAGGGACUCACGUACUGACUAACGAGCGUAUUGCUCUCAAGAUAAUCGAAAAGUCGAAGAUAACAGAGGCCGCCGACAUAGAGCGCAUCACGCGUGAAAUCCAAAUUCUGAAACUUCUUAACCACCCCAACGUAAUCAAGCUUUAUGAGAUCGUCGACACCCCCAGGCAUGUGUAUAUCGUCCAGGAAUACAUGAACAACGGAGAGCUUUUCGAUUAUAUCGUAGCAAAGGGCCGCCUGUCCGAGAAGGAGGCCUGCCGUUUCCUUUGCCAGCUUCUGAACGGACUACAUUUUCUCCACUCCAGGCGCAUUGUUCACCGCGAUCUUAAGCCCGAAAACCUACUUCUUACUGCGAAUAACGACAUUAAGAUUAUCGAUUUCGGCCUGUCGAACAUAUUUCAUGACACCUUUAUGAAGACUUGCUGCGGCUCUCCUGCUUACGCUCCCCCUGAGAUGAUUCAGGGCAAGCUGUAUAGUGGCCCCUCCGCAGAUCUCUGGAGCACUGGUAUAAUUCUCUAUGCGAUGCUCUGUGGCUGCCUGCCGUUUGAGGGCAGCACAACCCAGAGCUUGUAUAUCAAGAUCUUGUCAGGAGAGUUUUCCACGCCAAGUUAUCUUAGCCAGGGAGCCAAGGACGUGCUGAAGGCUCUUCUCACUGUCAACCCGGACGAUCGCGUAACCAUUGAAGAGUUAAUUACUUAUCCAUGGAUUCAGAAGAACUGGGCUCUCAAUCAUGACGGUCGAAGUGAGCCCAUUCUGACCGAGCUGCCAGAGAUAUCCUCCGACUUGAAUUUUGGGAUCCUGCUGCAGAUGCACAGGAUGAAUCUGGAUGCCGUGGAGUGCAUCCGUGGGCUAUUCCUUGGAAAGCACAACGCAUCGACCGCCACCUACACACUCUUGGCUGAGAAGGCAGAGGCUACCAAGAAAAGCAACCCGAAGAUGUCUAUGGCUGCCAUCAUAGGAAUAAAUGGCUACGAAAAGGCAGACUUUGAUAACUUGGAAGUGAAGAAGAAGAUCUGUGAGGAGAUAGGAAUAGAGAUAGAUUCUGAGAACAACAUCUUGCAUGCCGAGAACAAUACCAUGGUUACCAUUGGAAAGCUCAAGCUCGAGGUUUCUGGCGACAAGGUAGGGAAGCACUUGCACUCUAAUACUUCCGAUGCCAGCACAAAGGACGCUGUUGCACAGGACCCCGCCUCGGAUAGGGGUAGUCAAGAGAAAGUCACGAUGAAGAUCAAUGAGAAGGAUGUGGAGCUCAAGCGCGAAACCGCAGAGCUGGCUGCGACCGUCCCAGUCAUACCUGUCGGCCAAGCCAAGAUACCCGGACUAGGUCUCGGUCUCAACCUCCCUGCAGGCCCUGUUGCAGGUGGUGGUGCUGUCACGACCCGUAACCAUAAGACAGAAAAGCUUGUGGAUACCCCGACAGUCAAAACCUCCAGCGAGGCCCCAGAGAUGACGGUGGAGUACGACGACGGUGGGCUACGCAUAUGCAAAGACGACAUUACAAAGGAGAACGGUGUAGUUACUACUGUCCAGUAUGAAGAUCUCGUUGUCAGGCUCAAACAGGUCUUUAAGGAGCUUAGAAUUAAAGCAGACUCAGAACGUGAAGGGUCAUUCAAGUGCGAACGCAUGAACGUUCAGUUUAGUAUUGAUAUUUACAGGAUUGGCAGUGCAAUUUCGCCUCAACUUGGAAUCCUGAUGCGUAGGAUAAGCGGUGACGGUGCAAUCUAUAAGGAGAUUGGCCAGAUAGUUUUCAAAGGCCUCAAGCUCAAGGGAUAG